AUGACAGUUGUUAGGAAGCUCUCGUUGACGAAGGCACCCACCGAGGCCGGCGCAUCAUGGCCAGCCAUCGCCAUCGGCGCGUUUGUCGCCUUUGGAGGAGUCCUCUUUGGCUAUGACACCGGCACCAUCAGCGGCAUCCUCGCCAUGGACUACUGGAGGACACUCUUUUCGACCGGUUAUCGCGACCCCACGGGCCACCUGGAUGUCUCACCCUCACAGUCCUCGGCCAUCGUAUCCAUCCUUUCUGCCGGCACCUUCUUCGGCGCUCUGUCAUCCCCGAUGAUGGCCGACCACAUCGGCCGUCGGCUGGCAUUGAUCGCUUCCUGUUGGGUGUUCAACCUCGGCGUCAUCCUCCAGGUUGCAUCCACGUCGCUGCCACUAUUCCUGGCAGGUCGUUUCUUCGCUGGCUUCGGCGUUGGUCUCGUCUCGGCCUUGAUCCCUCUCUAUCAAUCUGAGACUGCCCCCAAGUGGAUCCGAGGAGCCAUUGUCGGAUCUUAUCAGUUCGCCAUCACCAUCGGCUUGCUCCUCGCCGCCGUUGUCGACAACUCGACCCACACUCGGCAAGAUACGGGGUCUUACCGCAUUCCCGUUGCCAUCCAGUUCGCAUGGUCUAUUGUCCUCAUCGUCGGCAUGCUAAUCCUGCCCGAGACCCCACGCUAUCUCAUCAUGCGCGGUAGAAUGGACAAGGCCAGUACAGCCUUGGGCAGGAUCAGGCGCCUCCCCGCAGACCACCCGGCCGUUCAGGACGAGCUGGCCGAGGUCAAGGCCAACCACGAAUUCGAGAUGAGCAUCGGCAAGACCAGUUACUUGGACUGCUUCCGCGGCAACAUGCUGAAGAGGCAGCUCACGGGAAUGGGAAUUCAGGCCCUUCAGCAGUUGACUGGAAUCAACUUCAUCUUCUACUACGGCACACAGUUCUUCAAGAACUCGGGCAUCUCCAACCCAUUCGUCAUCACCAUGAUCACCUCGUCCAUCAACGUCUGCUCCACCGUCCCCGGCCUGUACGCCAUCGACAAAUGGGGCCGCCGGCCACUCCUCUUCUGGGGCGCCAUCGGCAUGUGCAUCAGCCAGUUCAUCGUCGCCAUGCUGGGUACCCUGACAACGGGCCAGGACAGCGCGGGUACCAUUCUGGUCUUCAAUGUCACGGCCCAGAAGGCCUCGAUCGCCUUCGUCUGCAUCUACAUCUUCUUCUUUGCCUCCACCUGGGGCCCUCUGGCCUGGGUCGUGACCAGCGAGAUCUUCCCGCUCAAGCAUCGCGCAAAGGCCCUGUCGAUCACGACUGCAACAAACUGGCUCCUCAACUGGGCAAUCGCCUACUCCACCCCCUACCUCGUCAACUACGGCAAGGGCUACGCCAACCUGCAAAGCAAGAUCUUCUUUGUCUGGUUCGGCGCCUGCUUCUUCUGCAUCGCCUUCGUCUACUUCUUCAUCUAUGAGACCAAGGGACUCAGCCUGGAGCAAGUCGACGAGCUCUACACCGACGAGGGCUGCUCCGCGCGCAAGAGCUCCAAGUGGCAGUCCCGCGUCACUUUCCUCGAGCGGGAGGGCGUCGCCGGCCAGGGAGGGGCGGAGUCGGGGGUGGUUGGAGCGAAGGAUAAGAAUGGGCUUGACGCCGGGCUUUCCCAUCAGAAUGGGCACGCUGAACAUGGCGAAGGUAUGAUGGAGAAGAGUAGUGGUGAAGUUGAGGCUUAA